CUGAAAGUAGGACCCACAUCCGAGUCGGAGCUGACGUGGAUCCUCGAUCACACUAGUUCGACUUUAGUAGGGACGAGAAGACGCAGGAAUUUACAAGAAAUGCCCAAACAAUGCGUUCAAGUGGGAAGGGGUAGUAUCGUAAAGAGCAAGAAACCACUUCCUGGUUUUCGCAAUUAAUCCGUCUCCGCCGCUGCAUCUUUCCUUCUCCUCUCUCUCUCUCUCACUCAUACACCACAUAUAUAAUAUAUAUACGUUACUAUUGAUAUAAAACUCAGUUUUUUUCUUGUUGUCUGUGCGUGCAUCAUCGAGUUUAACAGGCAAUGCUCGUGUCUCCCUCCUCCCUAUCUAUCUAUCUUGUCUAUUUAUGGCUGGAUUCUAAGGUUUUGUGUACCUAAAGCUUAUCAUUGAUCUGGAAGCUUAUUUAAUCCCAUUCUUUUCCGGAAUAUAUGGCGUCAAAGUUGGCUGUUGAUGCGAUAGAAACAUCCACAAAGGUCCAUUUCUCAGGCUUUCAUCUAGAUUCAGCUAGAUCAGACCAGACGGCUGGCUCUGCUGAAGAAGGAGAACAACAUGGGCAUCCUUUUGUAAUCGGAGUUGCUGGAGGAGCAGCAUCCGGGAAAACAACUGUCUGUGAUAUGAUUAUGCAGCAACUUCAUGAUCAGAGAGCCGUUGUUGUCAAUCAGGAUUCUUUCUACCAUAAUGUAAAUGAAGAGGAGCUUGCAAGAGUUCAUGACUACAAUUUUGAUCAUCCUGACGCUUUCGAUACUGAGCAACUAUUGUGUUCCAUGGAGAAGUUAAGAAAAGGGCAAGCAGUAGAUAUCCCCAACUACGACUUCAAAAGUUACAAGAACAACGUCUUCCCACCAAGAAGGGUGAAUCCUUCUGAUGUUAUAAUUCUAGAAGGGAUACUCAUUUUCCAUGACCCUCGUGUUCGAGAUUUGAUGAACAUGAAGAUAUUUGUAGAUGCAGAUGCUGAUGUGCGUUUAGCGAGAAGGAUUAAACGAGACACUGUUGAGAAGGGCAGAGAUAUAGCCACUGUUCUUGACCAGUACUCAAAGUUUGUGAAGCCAGCAUUUGAGGAUUUCAUACUCCCAACAAAGAAAUACGCUGAUAUAAUAAUCCCACGUGGUGGUGAUAACCAUGUUGCUAUUGAUUUGAUUGUGCAACACAUACGCACUAAGCUUGGUCAACAUGAUCUCUGUAAAAUAUAUCCUAAUCUUUAUGUCAUCCAAUCAACUUUUCAGAUACGUGGGAUGCACACUCUAAUCAGAGACUCCAAAACAACAAAGCAUGACUUCAUCUUCUACUCUGAUAGAUUGAUUCGUUUGGUGGUUGAGCACGGCCUAGGGCAUCUUCCCUUCACAGAAAAGCAAGUAGUCACUCCCACAGGAUCUGUGUAUUCGGGUGUAGACUUCUGUAAGAGGCUGUGUGGUGUCUCGGUUAUCAGAAGCGGUGAGAGCAUGGAGAAUGCUUUGAGAGCAUGCUGCAAAGGCAUCAAGAUUGGGAAGAUUCUGAUUCACAGAGAAGGCGACAACGGUCAGCAGCUUAUAUACGAGAAGCUACCCUCAGACAUUUCGGAAAGGCACGUGCUUUUGCUGGACCCAAUCCUUGGGACAGGAAACUCGGCGGUGCAAGCGAUAAGGCUGCUGAUAAGUAAAGGAGUACCUGAAUCCCACAUCAUAUUUCUCAAUCUCAUAUCUGCACCGCAAGGAGUAAAUGUGGUGUGCAAAAGGUUCCCUAGGAUAAAGAUUGUGACAUCUGAGAUAGAGAUCGGUUUAAACGACGAGUUCAGAGUUGUUCCUGGUAUGGGGGAGUUUGGAGACCGCUAUUUUGGCACUGAUGACGAAGUGAAAGUGCAGCUGCAUGGAACGGUCAGGGACUUGGCAACCUGCAGGUAAGUCCAAUGUACAACUUAGCCCUGCAAGGUCAGCAACUCGGUUUCCCAGUCAUGCAGGGUGAUCAUAAAGGGAUCCUGGGAAUAAACCCCCACCACCACAUCACAUCAACUACACACUCACACACCACAACGGCUAUGAUUGAACCCGUAGGACACCCACACAUUGCUUAGCAGCAACCUCAAGCUGAUGUUAUAAUUGUGUCAACAACAACUAAUAUUCCAACAAGGGGGAGCAGCUAUAAAGACACACAUCAAACGUGGGCAAAAGGUGAUAAAAGCCUGAUUUUUUUUUUUGGGUGUGAAUACAUCAUCCCCCGGAAGAAUGUAGGUUGACAAUUACAAGAGAGAAGAUGUGCUUCAAAGUAGCAGACCUUUUUUGCCUUAUUUUUUGUUCUUGUGACAUUACAUAAAGAUCCUUAUGGAUUAGUAAAUGUGAAACUGAUGAUGCCUC